AUGUCUGACCUUCCAUACGGACCUCCAGUGCGAGUAUCGCCACUUAUCAGGUUUGGCCGUUGGUCAUUCCUCACAGCCGGUAUUUUGUACGGAGCAUUCCACCAGAACAGGCUUUCCAAGAAGGAGGCUAAGUUCCGUGAGGUUGAGGCCAAAGAAAAGGUUAUCCGUGAUGAGAAGAUCGCAAAGGAGAAGGCUAUGGCUGCAGCUGCCGAACUCAAGAACUUAGAAGAUAUGGUUUCUGGUAAGAAUUGA